AAUUUUGCCUUGAAUCCCUUGAAAAUGGACCAUCUCGAUCUAGAACAUGGACUGAAGAAACCCUGGAUUGAAACGCCUUUGAUCGAGUCUGCCACACUUUCAAAGGCUGCCGGAUGUAGAAUUUUCCUCAAACUAGAGUCGCUCCAACCUUCUGGCUCGUUCAAAUCACGGGGCAUUGGAAACUUCAUUCUCACAUGUCUUUCUGAUCCAUCACACAAUGGCAGAACCCUACAUUUUUACAACUCCUCGGGAGGCAAUGCGGGGCUCGCAGCAGUUAUAGCGGCUCGGGAUCUCGGUUAUGCCUGUACUAUUGUUGUGCCCCUUAGCGCGAAGCCUAUGAUGAUCCAAAAAAUACGCGCUGCAGGCGCUUCGGAUGUUAUCCGCCAUGGCGCCAGUUGGUUCGAAGCUGACGCAUAUCUGCGGGAAACUUUCAUCGAAAAUGAAGCCAGCAAGUCAGAUCCCUUGGUCAGGAACAUUUAUGUCCCACCAUUCGAUCACCCUGACAUCUGGCGAGGUGCGGGGACUCUGGUCGAUGAGAUAGUUAAGCAGUUACCUCCAAGGCACUACGGCAAACCCGAUUCCACUUGUUCGUUCCCGGCAGAUGCAAUCGUUUGCAGCGUUGGUGGUGGUGGUCUUUUGAACGGGAUUGUCGGCGGCCUUGAGAGGCAUUUGCCAGCCUAUCAACCGACAACGCUUCCCGACAAAGCGAUGAAGAAAGUCCAAGUACUCGCCGUUGAAACAGCUGGGGCGGAUUCGCUGGCACAUUCGCUAAGCAAAGGUUACUUGCACCCUCUACCUGCAAUUACCUCGCAGGCAAGCACCCUAGGGGCACUCUGCGUGGCACAGCAGACGCUAAAAAAUGCGCAAUCCCCCCCGCCCGGUAUCGAAGUCACUAGUAUUGUGGGUACCGAUGCUGAUGCUGCGAGGGGAGUUGUGCGUUUGUGUGAUGAGCUGCGGUUGCAGGUCGAGCUGUCUUGCGGAAUAAGUGUCCAAGUUGGGUUAGAUAGGCUAAGGGAAGUCAUGACAGACCUAACACCGGAUAGUCGAGUUGUGAUCAUUGUUUGCGGAGGAAAUGAUAUUAGUUCUGAAAUGAUUACGGAUUACCGCCAGAAGCUUGAGGAUGGUUGGCAAUGA